UUACACCAGCAUAGCAUGUGUAACUGAAACAGGAGUAAAAUGAGUUCUCAGAAAGGUAACGUGUCCCGGUCGCGGGGCCAGAAGCAUCAAAACAACUAUGCCUUCAAAAACGACAAGUAUGGAGCCACCGUACAGGUGAAGAAGGCAAAAUCAAAGAUCCACGAUGGGCUCUGUCAGCAUUGUAAAGGUGUUCUUGAGUGGAAAGUGCAGUACAACAAAUACAAGACUCUGACACAGCCUAAGAAAUGUGUCAAGUGUUCUCAAAGGACAGUGAAGGAUGCGUAUCACAUCAUUUGCAAGCCCUGUUCUCUUCAGCUAGAGAUCUGCUGCAAGUGUGGGAAGAAAGAGGAUAUCGUUAUUCCAGUAAACUCACAAGAAGACAAGGAUGAGGAAGAAGAGGAUGAUGAAAAGAAAAAGAAAGGAUGUGGAAGAGGGAAGAAGGACUUGGAUGAUUUGGACAGUGAUGAUGAUGACUUAAGUGACCUAAGAGAUGAUGAUGAUGAUGAUGAUGAUAAGGGGGAAGAUUUCAAUAGUGACUCAGAACCAAAGAAGAGACAGAACAAGUCUGAUGUGCUCCCAGAUGCAUCCCGAGUCACCUUUAAAGAAUAAAAACAGUGAGAGGGUUCUUGUUUGUUUUGUUUUUUUUACAUUUAUAUAAAACAAGAUUUCUAAUCAAAUUAACGGCAUGAUGUUUGAGACUUGACCAUAUUCAAAUUAAGUACUGCGAAUUAACAAAAAUGGUUUUAUGUUGCACCUGGAGUAUGAGCUAAUGUAACACUGGGGAAAUUGAGUGGACAGAACAGCUGUAUUAUAAACUGUACAUUCUUAAACCAAUUCACAAACAAUGCCAGCUGGAUAAAUACAUUUUAAUGUACUGUAAUAAAAACCUGUACAGUGUGCACAUUCAUUUUAAAUUCUUGUAUC